AUGCAAGCCUGGUUCAUACGGACAGUCGUUUCUUGCGCCUUGUGGUGUGGCCCAACGGACGUGUUGGGAGAUCUGUUCUACCAUGCCUUCACAAGCGACCCCGACGGCAUCGAGUCGCACCUCCGACUAGUCGGCGGGUCCACUGUCGACUACUUCUCCACCGAGCACAAUGAAUUGUGCCCCGAGGUCGUUGGACCAAUCGAUCCUCCGAUAGGUAUGACGCAGCGCUUCCAGCACCCGGAGUUUCGUGCACUUAGCGAGGAGGAGUACGACGCGCUCCCUGAGCACUCCUAUUUGGAUGAGGAUCAACUGGACAACCCGAAUGCGGGCAAAAUAUAUUUGGGGGAUUAUACCGAGACUUUGCUCACGAAGGAGUUCGUUCCAGACGACGACCUGCUCCCGUUGCCGCACAGUCGGACGCAGCUUUGCAACUACGCCCUGCGGCUGUCGGAGGCGGAGCCCUCACAGAACACGGCGGCGUGGAGCCGGUUCAAGCAGCUCGUAGCCUUCGGAUUUGAGACCGAAUUCCAUUUUCAAAUCUUGCAUCAAAACAAGGAGUGCGUCAUCUCUGGGCAGACCUCCUGGUGCGAUCCGCAGGGCGCCGACGGGUUCGCAUUCGUCGUCCAGAACGACGGCAGGAAGGUCGUUGGCACAGAGGUGAGCGGCCUGGGCUACGGAUUCGCGAAUUCCCUCGCCGUGGAGUUUGACACCCACCGGGAUCAGAGCCUUGGCGACCGCACUGGCAACCACAUCAGCGUGCACGUGCCUCCCGCGGUCGGUGACCUCAACACCGCUGGGCAGAGAGGAGAGAUCGCUUACGCAGACGAUAUCCCGUUGCUCACGGAGGGCACGCACGUCGUGCGGAUCGAGUACACACCCUCCGAGUACGCUUGGGACGACUUGGGUGCUGGCUUCGACGCCGACCUCGGCGCAGAGCGGCUGUCGCUGCACGCGGCGGGGCGGCCAGGGAUGUUGACGGUGGACUUGGAUGGCCAGCGGGUCAUCAGGGUGCCCAUCGAUCUCGCCUACGUGGUGCAGGUCGAUGGCACGUUGAGCUACAAGGAAGAUGCACCGACGCAGCUGGAUGCCGACGGACAGCCGAACCCCGACGCCUACGACGAGCUAGGUUCCUCGCCAGGGCGCGCUUGGGUCGGUUUCACGAGCAGUACGGCCUAUUUCAAAUAUCAGUCGGUCUUUAUCUUGUCCUGGGUCUUCAAAGAGAAGGCUGCUUGUCCCGGCGAGGGCGCAGGGGACACCAUGUGCCGCGUGAACGAGGGCACCGAGGGCCGCUCGGUCUGCAGCGGGAACGGCACCGAGCUGUGCGCGUUCGUGGUGCAGAACAUCGCCCGACAGCCUGUGCAGAUUGCCGCGAGGCACUUCCUCGACAGGCCUUUCGAGGCCACUCCCUGCGAGCAUGGGGUCUUGCAGUGGAACCAGCUUCAUCCAUAUUUUUUGGGCUGCUCGAAGACGGUGCGAUACACCAAAGACCUUGAGCAGUUGAUCAUCAACACUUUGGAUGGCACCCGUGGCGUGAUCGUGGACGACGCUCACACGCUCAUGAAGGCGCCUGCGCCUUUCAAGAAGCGCAGCGUCUUCGAAUGGUGCACGCUCGAGCACGAACACGACCCCGCUCGCCUCUACUUCGCCCAGUGUAGCUGCGAGUACUGCAUCAGGCUCCUUCACCUCCAGGCGUCCUACGCUGUCUACUACCAGCACAUGGCCACCGAGCGAUUCGGCCUCCUGUGUCCCUGCUUUGAGUCCUCAGAGGUUGACCACGACAUGUCCACGUGGAGGACACUGGAGCCCCUGCGGCACAUGCGGAUACACGUCAGCCGCGGGUGCGCCUUCACAUCGCAGUGUGCCGAGAUGUUGAAGUUCGCCAGCUGCGAGGAGGCUUACCAGACGUACCAGCUGGGCAAUCCGCAGACGCCCACGAUCCUGUCGAACGGGUUCGAGGACCUUGUCCUUGACGGUGGUAGGGUCGUAGACGGAAGGAUCCGUGGUGACGCGUGCGAUUGCACGCCGAACGCGCGUCCAUAUGUCGGGACAGGUGGUGGAGGGACAGGCCAGUGCCAAGAGGAGGGCGCCAUUCUCCAGACGUCCACGCAGCCGACCCUGUCGCAUUGCCUGGCCUUCUGCGAGAGCGACCAGCUCUGUACAUUCUACGCGUACUGGGUGGCCAGCCAGACUUGCAAGACGUACUGGUACUGCGAGUGGGUACUCUGCACGGACACCGAUUGCAUGGCUGCCGUUACAUACCAGUUGGCCGAGCUUGGAGAGUUUUUCAACACACUCGGUGACGUGCUGUACUACAACGUGUACCCCCUGCGAACCGUCCAGACGUCGAAGGAGGAGUGCCAGAGCUGCUUGCAUCUGUACGAGGAGGAGUUCUGCGUGGAGCAGUGCGGGCCGAUCACUCAGGUGCCGUACUUGCAUUGGCCUGGAGGACCGCUCUGCGCCACGUGUAUCUUCGCAGGCAACCAGUGGCACGAGCUGACGGACUCGGAGACCACCACGGCUACAGAGUGCGUCAUGACAUCGAUUCGCAACGGCCUGGACCCGUGGUCGUAUUGCAACCAGACCUCCCUGGAGGUGCUGGGGUUGCCGUCUUCCGACCUCUUCAACGGAGUUGCCACUCACUAUCUCUCCGAGUGCCCCGGGCGCACCUUCGAGGAGUCGGGCGCCGUCUGUGUCCCAAACAUCUACGCCAACGACCACUUCCGGCUGCAGGUACUGUCCCGCAUCGCCGCCAUCAACGACACGGUCUGGAGCGACCAGAUGCAGUGCCUCAACGCCUUCUGCGACUUGGUCCCCCUGUCGUCGUGCUACUACCGGCUGGCGUCCUGGGAUUUCAGCAGCAGCGUGUACGAGGAGACGGGCGGCCUCAACGCCACGUUUUACAGCGGUAAUUCCGUGGUGGACCCGGGCGCGCUCGUGCAGGGGGGCGCGCUCACGCUCGUGAAGGCUAACGAGCAGUACGUGGUCACGUCGCCGCUGCCUUUUGCACUGGAGAAUACGACCAUCGAAGCCUGGGUAACCGUCGGCGAAAUCGAGAGGAUCACCAACAUCGCCCAGAACAAGACUGUCAAGACGACCAGCUCUUGGCAGGACGACUACCUGGCUCUCUACGUCGUCGACGGGGACUUCACUACCUACUGGCAGUCUCAGAUCGGGGAGGCCUUCCGGUACAGCCUUCAGGCCACACUCAUCGUAGAUCUCAAUUCGACCAUGUCUGCUCAGGCGUUCAAUAUUUACUGGAAGCAGCCAGCUGCCGACUUCACAUUCGCUGUUUCCAGGGAUAACGUCACUUGGAACGACAUCGCCACGUUCGCUGGCAACUCCGACGAAACCACCUUGAUCAACGUUUUCUACCGUGGGAGGUUCCUCCGGAUCCUCAUGACCAACGCGGCGACUCUGCGAACGUCGGACCCAGGGAUCAAUUGCCCAGUCUACUCAAUUUGGGAGGUCGAGGUCAUCUUCGACCAGGUAGUUUCCACGCUGAAGCCGGCGGUCGAAACUCAUACCUGGCACAACCUUGCCGCUCGGGCGAUCGACGGUGAUGUGCUUACGUUCUGGUCGACUCCUACUGGCAUCGUCAGCUCCUACAUCCUCAUUGACUUUGGGGUGGACCUCAACGUGUCCUACACUAUUGUCAGGUGGCAGUACACUCCCCAAAAGUUCUCUGUCCGCCACGGCAGCAGCGGGUGCGCGGAAGGCCUGCCCGCGGCGAGCGGCGAGCUGUUCCAGCGGGUGGGCACGCAGGUCGAGCGCGACGGCGAGAGCAGCGACCCUUGGACCGGGCGCUGCCUGGCCGUGAUCGUGCUCGAGGCUGGCACGUAUUUCAACGAGUACUACAUGGCCCUGAGCGAGGUGGAGGUGUACAGCGAGGCCACCAACCUCGCCCGCGACAACUCUACGGCCGUGCUGGAGACCUUCCCCACCAACGAGACCGGCGCUCACGUCACGGCUAUCGACGGCGCUCUGGACGGCGACCCCACGACGUAUUGGAUGCUGGCCACGGUGGGGGGCACGGCCCGCUUGCUGCUGGACUUGGGCUCGGUCGAGUUCGUCAUGAGCAUCGAGGUGCGGUGGGCCACAGUGGACGGCGUGAGGUAUUUGGCGAGCUCAUUCUCGGUCUCGGGUGGAACUUCGUUGCCCAUGGACACGUUCGAGGAGCUCGACUCGCAGGUUGGCGUCCUGGUCGACGUCAGGGCGUUCGUGGUCUUCAAGCAGCUCCGCUACGUCGUUUUGCAGGUGAACCAGAUCCUGUCCUCCAACCCGAACGGCUGGCUGGGGGUUGAGGACUUCGUUGUCUGGAAGAGGAGCGGUAAUUUGGUGACCGAGAUGGGAUCGCAGGCUAGCGCGACUGCGGAGUGGGCAAACUGCAGCACCUGCUCCCUCGAGCUCGACAGCGAGACGUACAUACACGACUCCCUUGCGGCCGUCGACGCCGACUUCAGCACCUGGUGGGGUGCCCCGUUCGCUGCAGACCCAACACUGGAAGUGUACUUGGAGGUGCAGCUGGCGUCGCAAGAGUCCAUAGACGUGGUUGGCAUUUGGUGGCAGUACCCCGCCGCUGACAUCAAGGUCUAUGUCUCGCUAGUCACGCUGGCCAACGGGCCGCAGGCUUGGCAGCUCAUCCAGACGUAUCUCGGCAACACAGCGUACACCACGGCAGUCUCGUUCGCCAACACACAGAUUGCCGGUGGAGUUCGAGUAUACGUGAGUACGGCGCUCGAGUUGUUAGCCGGCGAGCCUGUCAUGGGUAUCAAGGAGUUGCAGUUGCUUUCCAUGACUGGCGAAGGUGAUAACCAUGCCCUCAACAGGCCCAUAACUUCUUCGGAUGGCAUCACGACGGGGCUGGACUUCAUCGUGGAUGCCAGCACAGUCUCCAAGUGGGUCUCGGCCUCUGCUGACGAGAUAAGCCUCACAGUCGACUUGGGAAACCGGACAUUCAUGUGGGGCCUGCGGCUCUUGUUUCCAGCCAACACGAUCGCGAGCUCCUUUGUUCUCUCGGUUUCGGACGACUCGGCCAACUUCACCGCCGUCCAGCAAUCGGAUAUCUUUCGAAUCAGGCGCGAGAUGUUGUCACACUGGUGA